AGGUUGCUCACGACUUCCGCGUUCCCUUCCCUCCUCUUGCGGCUUCAACGCUUCCAUUCCAUUUCAUCCAUGACGCGUCGAGCAGCAGCCAGAUAACCAACUCCGCCUCAUCUCCAGCACCACCAGAGUAUUCUCCUUCACGGCACCCCAAACCACGACAAGCUCACCUCACCACCACACCACCCCACCCGAUCCACCUCGUCCUCCUCCUCCUCCCAUGGCCGACUACAACCGCUACGGCCACGGCUACAGCCACGCUCCGCCGCCGUCCGCCCCGCCCGCUCCCAUGCCCACCACCUCUGCGCCGCCCUCCUCCUCCUCCUCCUACGGUUACGGCUACGGCCAGGGCGGCUACCCGUCCGCCUACCCCCCUCAGCCGGCGGCGGGAUUCGGAUUCGGCUACGGCCCCGUCCCCGUCGCCUUCCCGCCGGGGACGCACCCGGACGUCGAGCGCGCCUUCCGCGCCGCCGACCGCGACUGCAGCGGCGCCAUCGACGAGCACGAGCUGCAGGGGGCGCUCUCCUCCGCCUACCACCGAUUCAGCAUCCGCACCGUCCGCCUCCUCAUGUUCCUCUUCAACGACCCGGCCUCCUCGUCGCCGUCACGGAUGGGGCCAGCACAGUUUGUAUCCCUCUGGAAUUGCCUUGGGCAAUGGCGGGGUAUUUUUGACAGAUACGAUAGGGAUCGGAGUGGAAAAAUUGACUCCCAUGAGUUGACAGAAGCUCUUCGCAGUCUUGGAUAUGCGGUUCCACCUUCUGUCAUCGAGCUUCUUAUAGCGAAUUACAACAAUGGUGUGCCUAGAAAUGGUGCACUGGACUUUGACAACUUUGUGGAAUGUGGCAUGAUUGUGAAGGGUUUAACUGAGAAAUUCAAGGAGAAGGAUACCCGGUACACUGGCUCAGCGACCCUUACAUACGAUGGAUUCUUGUCGAUGGUCAUCCCCUUUAUUGUACCUUAGCCUUCUCUGGUUUCUUUCUUUAGACUCAUCAGGCUGCUGUAUAUUUGUAACUUUCUAGUCAUCAUGAUUGUAGUGGAAAUGUUCUCCCCUAGUUUUGUGCAUAUGGAAAUUUUUGUGACUUGUGAUUUUUCAAAUUGACUUUGGUAGUGCAUCCCGUUUGUUUUGGACAUCAGAGGGAGAGUUUCAUGGAAUUUAUGUUUUUGAUUA